UUAUAAAUGAAGAGUCCCAUUUCGGUGACCAGACUAAGUCUGACACAGACACGAAACGAGUUGAGAUGUCUGCCACGCGCUUCCUGUUGGUGGCCGCCGUCUGCUUUUGCCUCUCAGCUGUGACCAUCGGCACAGAUGUCCCUCCAGAUGUAAUCCAGCCUCAGUGUGACUCAUACCCGCUGCCUGGCUGCCCAAAGAACCUUGAGCCUGUCUGUGGCACCGAUGGCCAGACCUACAGCAACGAGUGCUUGUUGUGUGUGGAGAACCUACACAGGCAGGAUCCGAUCUUCAUUGUCAAACGGAACACAUGCUGAAUCCAUGGACGGACACCUGGGGGUCUGCUGAUCUUCACAAGUUCCCCUUUGCCCCCCGCGUCCUCUCAAAUAAACAUUUACUUCUGGAAUGAACUCCAA